GUCACGUAAAAAGAUAUGAAAGAUGGGGAGAGAGAAGCAGCAGUAACACCUCAACCAAGAUGGAGUUCAGGUAUCAAGAAGACCAUCAUCUCUGAGCUUCGAGCACAGGGAGGAAUUGCUGCUCCUUUGGCUGCAAUGAACCUAACUUGGUUCGCCAAGACAGCCAUCACAACCGCCUUUUUAGGCCAUCUCGGGGAUCUCCAACUAGCCGGAGGAACUCUUGGCUUCACCUUUGCCAAUGUAACUGGAUUCUCGGUAUUAACAGGACUGUCUGCUGCCAUGGAGCCAGUAUGUGGCCAAGCCCAUGGAGCUAGAAACCACAAACUUCUCCACAAAACGCUUCUCAUGGCAAUCCUUCUCCUUUUGGUAACAUCUAUCCCCAUCUCUCUCCUAUGGCUCAACAUCGAUAAAAUUCUCUUGCAAUUCGGACAACAAAAGAACAUUGCUUUACUUGCGAAGAAGUAUACUACGUAUCUUCUCCCAGACCUUGUAGUAAUCUCAUUUCUAUGUCCUCUUAAAGCCUAUUUGAGUUCUCAAGAGGUGACACUACCAACAUUAUUCAGCUCUGGUAUCGCGCUAGCUUUUCAUAUACCUCUCAACAUCUUACUUUCAAAGACAAAGGGACUUCAAGGUGUGGCCAUGUCCGUAUGGUUAACUGAUCUUAUCGCCAUGCUAAUAUUGGCUGUCUAUAUCUACAAUAUGGAAAGAAAGAAAAAAAGUGAUAUUGUUAAGAUGUCUUCGGAGGAAAGAGGAGGUUGGUGGGAUCAAAAUCUUAGAGAUUGGAUUCAACUGCUGAGACUAUCAGCACCAUGUUGCUUGACCACAUGCUUAGAGUGGUGGUGCUGGGAGAUAAUGGUCUUGCUCACAGGUAGGCUGCCUGAUGCAAAAAGAAUGAUUGCAGUAAUCGCUGUCGUCCUCAACUUUGACUACCUCCUUUUCUCAGUAAUGCUUUCUCUGGCCACAUGUGCUUCGAUUCGUGUCUCUAAUAAGCUAGGUGCAGGUCAGGCUCAGACUGCUAAAGAGUCUGUCUAUGUUUCAGUAGGUACUAGCAUAAUAGGGGGUUUCUUGGGAGCAUUAGCAACGAUAUGUGCAAGGGGACAUUGGGGAUAUUUGUUUAGUCAUGACAGAGAAAUUGUAGAUGGAGUGAGGAAGAUGAUGAUGGUGAUGGCUAUAGUGGAGGUGGUUAACUUCCCAGUGGCUGUAUGUGGUGGUAUUGUUCGUGGAACAGCACGGCCGUGGUUGGGGAUGUAUGCUAGUCUUGGAGGAUUUUACCUUGUGGCCUUGCCCCUGGCAGUUGUUCUUGCUUUUAGAGCAAAGCUGGGACUCAGUGGCCUGUUGCUGGGGUUUCUGGUGGGUUCUGCAGUUAGUGCAAUCUUGUUGGUUGUGUUUAUAGUAUGCAUCAAUUGGUCCAAGGAAGCAGGAAAGGCAAAAAGGUUGGCUGGAGUAAAUAUAGGGGAUGAAGACGGAGAUGAUGAAAAGGAAGUUAAAGAGAAUAUCAGAGUGUAAUUUAGUUGGUACAGUAGGUUUCGGUUCUUCCUUUCUUUUGUCUUUUCCUUGUUGAUCAUGAACCCAGAAGGGAACAAGCUUUAUGCUCAUACAUGCAGAUGUCAUUACGAAGAAUCAUUCUCAGAUCAGCAAAACAUCUGAACUGAUUGCAGGCUUUAUAAAUAGAUUUCUUGCA